AUGCGUGACUUGCACAAGGCCGAAAAAUAUUAUAGACGAUUGUUAAAUGAGCUAGCAGUGGGUGAUUCAGCGAUUGCUGGCUGUUAUGUCGGACUAGGCAAUGUUGCUCGAGAGAAAGGUGAAUAUGAUUUAGCUCUGAUGAAUUAUGAAAAAGCAUUGAAAAUCGACCUGAAAGCUCUUCGGCCCGAUCAUCCUGAUAUCGCCUCAGCAUAUAACAAUAUCGGUAUUGCACACAGUAACAAAGGUGAAUAUGAUUUAGCUUUGAUGAAUUAUGAAAAAGCAUUGAAAAUCCACUUAAAAACUCUCCCAUCGAAUCACCUUGAUAUCGCCACUACAUAUUAUAAUAUCGGUGCUGUAUACAGCAACACAGGUAUAUAUGAUUUAGCUCUGGUGAACUAUGAAAACGCGUUGGAAAUCAGAGUAAAAGCUCUUCCACCCGAUCAUCCUCUACUCGCCUCAACAUAUAACAAUAUAGGAAACGUGCAGUGGAACAAAGGUGAAUAUGAUUUAGCUUUGAUGAAUUAUGCAAACGCGUUGAAAAUCAGAGUAAAAACCCUUCCACCCGAUCACCCUCUACUCGCCUCAACAUAUAACAAUAUCGGAAACGUGCAGUGGAGCAAAGGUGAAUAUGAUUUAGCUCUGCUGAAUUAUGAAAAAGCAUUGGAAAUCGACUUGAAAGCUCUUUCACCCGGUCCCCCUGAUAUCGCCUCAACAUAUAACAAUAUUGGUGCUGUAUACAGAAACAAAGGUGAAUAUGAUUUAGCUUUGAUGAAUUAUGAAAAAGUAUUGAAAAUCCACUUAAAAACUCUCCCAUCCAAUCACCUUGAUAUCGCUACUACAUAUCACAAUAUUGGUACUGUAUACAGCAACAAAGGUGCAUAUGAUUUAGCUUUGAUGAAUUAUGCAAAUGCAUUGAAAAUCAGAGUAAAAGCUCUUCCACCCGAUCACCCUCUACUCGCCUCAACAUACAGCAAUAUCAGAAGUGUGCGGUGGAGCAAAGUUGAAUAUGAUUCAGCUCGGAUGAAUCUUGAAAAAGCAUUGAAAAUUGAUUUGAAAGCUCUUCGACCCGAUCAACCUGAUAUCGCCUCAGCAUAUAAGAAUGUCGGUAUUGCACACAGUAACAAAGGUGAAUAUGAUUUAGCUUUGAUGAAUUAUGAAAAAGCAUUGAAAAUCCACUUAAAAACUCUCCCAUCCAAUCAUCUUGAUAUCGCCUCAACAUAUAACAAUAUAGGAAAUGUGCAGUGGAACAAAGGUGAAUAUGAUUUAGCUCUGAUGAAUUAUGCAAGCGCGUUGAAAAUCAGAGAGAAAACUCUUCCACCCGAUCACCUUGAUAUCGCCACUACAUAUUACAAUAUUGGUGCUGUAUACAGAAACAAAGGUGGAUAUGAUUUAGCUCUGAUGAAUUAUGCAAACGCGUUGAAAAUCAGAGUAAAAGCUCUUCCACCCGAUCACCCUGAUAUUGCCGCAACAUAUAACAAUAUAGGAAAUGUGCAGUGGAACAAAGGUGAAUAUGAUUCAGCUCUAAUGAAUUAUAAAGAAGCAUUGAAAAUCUACUCAAAAGCCCUUCCAUCCGGUCACCCUGAUAUCGCCGCAACAUAUAACAAUAUUGGUGCUGUAUACAGAAACAAAGGUGAAUAUGAUUUAGCUUUGAUGAAUUAUGAAAAAGCAUUCUACUCAAAAGCUUUUCCACCUGAUCACCGUGCUAUCGCCUCAUUAUAUAACAAUGUCGGUAAUGUGCAGUGGGAUAAAAGUGAAUAUGAUUUAGCUUUGAUGAAUUAUGGAAAAGCAUUGAAAAUCUGCUCAAAAGCUCUUCAACCUGAUCAUCCUGAUAUCGCCUCAAUAUAUAACAAUAUCGGUAAUGUACAAGCUGAUAAAGGUGAAUAUGAUUUAGCUUUGAUGAAUUAUGAAAAAGCAUUGAAAAUCGACUUGAUAGCUCUUCCACCCGAUCACCCCGAGGUCGCCUCAAGAUACAGCAAUAUCGGUAUUGCACACAGGAACAAAGGUGAAUAUGACUUAGCUCUGAUGAAUUAUGAAAAAGCAUUGAAAAUCUACUCAGAAGCUCUUCCACCUGAUCAUCCUGAUAUCGCCUCUACAUACCGUAAUAUGGGACUCGCGCAUGAAGCAACUUGUACUUGGCAAUCAGCAUUAGACUAUUAUAACAAAGCAGCAGCAAUAACACGCAAAUUACUUGCGACAACGCAUCCGCAGCUGGUAACUAUUGAGAUGGACAUUCGAAGAGUGAAAGCGCAAUUAAAGUAG